GUGUGGUUUUACAACGCUGACACCCCCAAGCCCAAGCCUCCUUCUCCUGCAACCACACACGAGCUUACUACAACCGUCCAUUCUUCGUACGCUCCGGCCGCAGCAGGAUACGUACCUCGCCUGGCUCUAGGACCUUGGAGUCAAGAAGCACUUCCUCGCCUUACUUUCCGCCCUCCCCUUCUUCCUCUUUUCUUCUUCACCAUGAGCGCCCCCGCCGACUCUGCCCAACCUCUGGCGUCGACCAGCAACGAUCAGGUUCCCACCUCUGCUGAUAUCAACACCAGCGAUGCCUCGAGAGGACAGUCCGCCUCCGCCUCCGCCAGUGCCUCCGAACUCGCCCGUACAAAGAUAACUCUCCAGGGCGCCCUCAAGUCGUUCCAGGACUUUCCCAUUCCCGGUAUCAACUUCAUCGAUAUCCUCCCCUUGUUCCAGGACCCCGCCAUCCACAACGCCCUGCUCCGCGCCCUCGAGCUCCAGGUGCUCGAGUUUGUUGGCAGCUUGAAGCCCGAUGUGGUUGUGGGGUUGGAUGCGCGGGGUUUCCUCUUCGGCCCUUCGCUCGCCCUGAAGCUCGAUGCGAGCUUCGUGCCCGUCCGCAAAAAGGGCAAGAUGCCCGGCCCCUGCGUGACGGCUGCCUAUGAGAAGGAGUACGGCACCGACUUUUUCCAGAUGCAAGAGGGUGCUAUCAAGCCGGGCCAGAAGGUCCUGGUCGUGGAUGACAUUAUUGCUACCGGUGGAUCUGCCGCGGCCGCUGGCACCUUGGUGAAGCAGCUCGGAGGUGAGCUGGUCGGCUAUCUCUUCAUCCUCGAGAUUGCCUUCCUCAAGGGCCGUGAGAAGCUCGGUGGCGUUCCUACCAUUACUCUCCUCGAGACGGAUGAGUAA